AUGCAGAAUGGUCUGAUCCAGAACGACCAGAUCAACGCAUCGUCCUACAACCGGACUGGGUACGAGAGUUGGCGGGCCCGUCUGUACGGUGACCGGGCCUGGUGGAUGGCUCUGGGCGACACCGAGAGAUGGUUACAGGUUGAUUUUAGGUCCCGGGUCCCACGGGUCGUCACCGGCAUACAGACACAGGGGCUGUGGGGAGGGUGGGUCACGUCCUACACCGUCUCCUAUAGCAACGACAGCCUGGACUGGUCCAUGUAUGGGGGCGGACAGAUUCUCACUGGGAACACAAACGGCAGAAACGACACAGUCCAACACGACUUCACGCCGCCUCUAGUCACCAGGUACCUCCGCGUCAACGUCCGGGCAUGGCACGACCAAAUAGCACGGCUCAGGAUGGAGCUACUGGGAUGUGACGGUAUUGAUAAUUGUACUCCCGAGCCCUGUGCCAAUGGCGCCACCUGUUAUGACGAGCUGGACACGUACACGUGUGCCUGUGCUCCAGGAUUCACCGGGGACAAAUGUACUAUUGGUGAAGGUCUGAGUGCCGGUGCAAUCGUGGGUACUGUUCUCGGGAUCCUGUGUUUCCUGUUGAUGGUGGGAAUACUUCUUGUGUACUGCUUCAAAAAGAGAUUGAGGCCUAGUGCACGAAUCCAGGCAGAGGUCUCACGUGAAGAUGGCACUGAUGAACAAGCAAAUGACGGCAACCACAGAAAUGGCGGGAAAACACCGAGUGACCAUGGUGACGACCUCGAAACGGCUACGAACUAG